UCCCCGAGAUUAAUGAUCUCUGGUUCUCUCCAGGCUCUCCCUGCCCGAACAGCUUUGAAUUCUAGUACUUUACUUCAGGUUGUGCAUAGCACCAAAGUUAGGACAGAUAGUCCUGUAGUAAUACAGGAGUAGCAUACACAUAUCUGUAACAAGCCCCUACAAAGUCAUCCAACUCCGUGAGAUGCGCUUGGUCCGGACAACCAAUGCGAUGUUUACAGCGGCAUGGUUUCUUCUUGGUCUGUGGUGUUGCCUUGUUUGCCAAGAACGGCGCAGAAAGCAUCCGACCGUUCGACCACUACUACACUACUUGUACCGGGGACAGUCUCCACAAAAAGGUCACAGCCUCUCACAGGUCUACGAAAAAGGGCUUGUUCGCUCUUCGAACAAGCCGUGUUUCAUGGUUGAAAGGCGCUUAUAUAAUAGGUCAUCCGUACUGGAUCGGACGUAGCCAGGAAAAGAAAUGCCAAUUCAUGCUCUUCAAAAUAGAUACGCGCUUGUGAUCUCUUCCAAAACGCCAAUUGUCGGCCAGAUUCGCGAUUCACAACUUUGGCACAAUUUUCUAUAGUUUCCGGAUUGUACGCUCUAGCCCUAG